AUGUCAAAGCGUUACAACAUUGGUGAUAGAAAAGAGAUUUUUGAUAGUUCAAAACUUCCUGCAAUAAAAAAUCCUUUGGAAAAACAUCACUUAAUAAAAAGACAAUCGAAACAGUUGUACAGGAAACAACUAUACAAGAUCCUGGCAUUAUCUCACCAGCUUAUUCAACUACCCUACAAUUACAUUAGCGAUUGCAAGUCUAUCAUUCCUACGGAUGAUUUUGACUGCGAAGCACGUGUUAACUGCGACGCACCUUAUUCAACUACCUACAAUUAUAUUAACGAUCGUAAGUCUAUCAUUCCUACGGAUGAUUUCGACUGCGAAGCACGCGAUAACUGCAAUACACGUAACAACUACGAUGCACAUGUUAAUUGCAACGCACUUGACAAUUGCGAUGCAUGUGUCGACGUGAAGAAUGAAGUUGAUUAUUUAAAUGGUAAAAAUGUCAUUAAAGGUGGUGUUAAUGCGAAUGUUCAUUCAGGAUACGAAUUGGUAACAGGCACUGAUUCAAGUUUUGAGAUAAUCCCUUCAACAUGCACCUGGAAGGAAAGCUUGAUUCCCGUCUACCUGGAUAUCACGGACGUUUUCUUUGGGGAGAAGAAUGAAAUUUGUAUCGCUCAAUCAUGCUGA